AUGGGAACCGAAGAGCCUCUGGAUGGAACGGGAUCGAGCAGGGCUGAACAGACCGGAGAGGGACGGAGCGACAGUCGCGACAGUCGCAAUAAUCGAGUCGAGCUCCACGGAUCGCCUGUGCUAAAACCCCAUCAUCCGGGGUAUACUUCGCAUGCGCGGUCUCUCGCGCCCUGGCCCCGUCGCCCCUUCUACAUGCUCUCUCUACAGGCGCUUUACAUGACACGCGCGGCGGUUGUGCUGUGGCCGAGAACAGGUGAACGGGAUUCAUUGAACGCAUUUAAGGUUUGGGCGGCCGCCCGGUUCGGCAUGCGGCCGCCGGCUGUCACGCUGCGUUGCUUUUGUUUGGGUUGUGCUGGCGACUUCCCCCGAGAGGACCGGGACCUGCGCACUUCUGGAAAGGUCCAGACCUCCCCCUGA